AUGCUGAAUGCAAGCAUUGUAAGAAAGGACAACACCACUGAAUACGACACAGAUGGAUUUCCCCCCUCUUUCGAAGUGUACAAAUGGAUCAUCUAUCCAUUAACUGUCUUUUGCAGCCUGUGUGGACUGGUGGGGAAUGGAAUGGUUAUCUGGAUUCUCACUUCCUGCACGAAGAGGAAUCCUUUCACUACGUACAUCUUGAAUCUGGCCAUAGCUGACUUUGGUACCCUUUUGAGUCUGUCUGCAAGAGUUAUUAUUUUGGCCAUUGACAAUCCAUACACUCUUGUCUAUGAAUUAGUUGAUUCGCUCACUUUCUUCACCUAUAGUACGAGCCUGUAUUUCCUGACGGCCAUUAGCCUGGAGAGAUGCAUCUCGGUCCUCUUUCCGAUCUGGUUCCGAUGUCAACGACAAAGGAGAACUUCCGCUGUGGUUUCCUUACUCCUCUGGAUAGUUUCUGGCUUACUUUCUGGAACGUUGUUGGUAUUUGAUAAUUUGUGGUUGAUAUUUGAUAAUCUUUCUUAUGAAACUUACUUAAAUGUGCUGAACACUAUUUUUACCAUCAACCUUCUAAUUUUGACUCCUAUAAUGGUUGGUUCCACUUUCAUUAUGUCCAUCCGGAUCUGCCGCAAGUCCCAGAGACGUCAGCCGCCCAGGCUAUACAUUGCCAUUUUAGUCACUCUCCUCUUCUUCAUUAUCUUUGCUAUUCCAUUAAGUGUUACAUAUUUCAUUCUUCUCAAUGGUGGCCCUUUUUAUGACCUUAUAUAUGAAAGUUCUUUCCUCCUUGCUUCUUUUAACAGCAGCAUCAACCCCAUAAUUUACUAUUUUGUAGGGAGAUGCAGGAACCGUCAACGUAGAGAGUCAUUGAAGUUCGUGCUCCAACAGGUAUUCAAGGAUGAAGCUGAUCUUAGAGAAGGGAAUUAG